CGCCGCGCGCGGCAGCAUGGCGGCGGCAGCUCCCGGCGUGGCGCCGGUUCGAGCCCGGUUCCUCACCUCCAAGGAGCAGUUCCACGCUUACCUGCGGGCAGGGGGCGAGGAGGAGGAGGAGGAGGAAAAAAAGGACGAGAAGAAGGAAAAGGAGCAGAUCAUCUGCGAGAACGARCCCCCGGCCAAGAGGGUGAAAGCCGAGGAUGGGGAGAGCCAAGGGAAUGGUGGGAUGGAGGAGGAGAAGGAGCGCCCGGAGAAGAAGAGAGCGCGGGGACAGAACAAGAGCCGCCCGUGUAUGAAACCCAACAGCUACGAGCAGARCCGGCUGUGCCCCUCGGUGACACAGGGCUGUGCCGGGCAGUGUCACUUCGGGCCCCGCUGCCGUUUCCUGCACGACGUGGCCGCGUACCUGGCGAGCAAACCGGCCGAUCUGGGCCAGCGCUGCGUCCUCUUCGACACCUUUGGCCGCUGUCCCUACGGUGUCACCUGCCGCUUCGGCCGUGCCCACCUUGGUGACAGCCACCAGAGCCUGGAGAACGCCGCCCUGGUGCAGCAGUGGGACGGGAAGGUGCUGGUGAGGAACGGCCUCUCCAAGGAGCUCCAGCAGCGGCUGCGCAAGAAAAAGUUCAGCUUUCAAAAGGCCGAGGAGUUCCUCCGUGGGCUGCGCGGGGGGAAGGGAGGCAAAGGCAGCAUGGGUGGUUCUACUGAGGGGUCCAACUGUACAGAAACCCAGGAGGGACUGGGAAACAGCCCUGUGCUGCUGGAGCAGGGGGAUGAUCCCAAAACUGAGGCCCUGCAGAGCUCCCAGGGGACUGAGGGCACUCCCUCCAUCCCAACCCUGGGCCCGCUGACGGAYGAGGACAUCACGAAGCUGCGGCCGUGUGAGAAGAAGAAGGUGAGAAUCCCUGAGAGYCCCUGGCCACUGACGGUGAAGAUCCGCACUGGGGUGCAGGAGAAGGUCAACGUGGCUCACAAAAUCAUCCCCAAAAUCCGGGAGUGGGGCGCGGCCAUGGUGACGGUACGGGGACAGAUCUGUGGGGUUGGUGUUGGGGUGUUCAGGUGAGCUUCUCCUGAUUUUAGUGCUGAAAAAAGAGGAAAUUCCAGGUGUUUUCCUGCCUGCUCCCGAGCCUUGGGUUCAUGGAAUUCCAGAAUGGUUUGGGAAGGGACCUUAAACUCAUCUGAUCCCAUCCCUGCCAUGGGCAAGGGACACUUUUCACUGUCCCAGGGUGCUCCAAGCCCCACCCAGCCCACCCCAGUCAGGCCAGAGGGAUUCUGCACCCAGCUCUGCUCACCCCACUCUGUCAGCACCCACAGAUCCUCAGGUCGAGCCCAAAAUCAGUCCUGAGGUUGAUGAAAAGUUUGAUCCUGAGCUCCAUCCCAAGGUCUAUCCCAAGCUCCAUCUGAGCUCCAUCCCCAGCUCCAUCCUCAGCUCCGUCCUAAGCUCCAUCUGAGCUCCAUCCCGAGGUCUAUCCCCAACUCCAUCCCGAACUCCAUCUGAGCUCCAUCCUGAGGUCCGUCCUGAGGUCUAUCCCAAGGUCUAUCCCAAGCUCCAUCCCCAGCUCCA